AGUGCUUUAUGCUUUCUUUCCAUCUCCGUUCGCAGAAUCUUCCAAGCAAAUUCCUCGAGAGGUUUCUGUUUCCCUGUGAAAUGUAGGGGAGAAGGAAACAAAUUACGGAAGGAAUAAGAAAAUGAGAGAAGACAGCUCAGUAUGCAGCGCCGUCCCGAAUCUCCUCUCCUCGUUUAUAGACACCUUCGUCGAUUUCUCAGUCAGUGACAUAUUCUUACCUCAAAACGCUAACCCUAACCCUCUACCGUCACCUCCGGAUUUGCAGACGAGGUACCCGACUCCCGAGCGUCUGAUUGCUAUCGGAGAUCUCCACGGAGAUUUCGACAAGUCCAAGCAAGCAUUUAGGAUCGCCGGCUUGAUCGACGCCUCCGAUAAAUGGAUUGGGGGUUCUACCACCGUCGUUCAAAUCGGCGACGUGCUGGACCGUGGCGGGAACGAACUCAAAAUCCUAUAUUUCAUCGAGAAGUUGAAGCGAGAGGCGGCGAAAACCGGAGGUAAGAUAAUAACGAUGAAUGGUAACCAUGAGAUUAUGAAUAUGGAAGGUGAUUUUCGGUUUGUGACGAAAGAGGGUUUGGAUGAAUUUAGGGUUUGGGCUGACUGGUACUGCUUAGGGAACAAGAUGAAGGGAAUGUGUCGCGGGUUAGACAAACCAAAGGAUCCUUUUGAUGGAAUUCCUCUGGUUUUUCGCGGCGUUAGAAAAGAGUAUCUAGACGGAAUCAGAGCUAGAAUUGCUGCGUUGAGACCAGAAGGACCGAUUUCCCGCCGGUUCUUCACAGACAAUGUGACUGUCCUGGUAGUUGGAGACUCCAUUUUUGUCCAUGGAGGUCUCUUGCCAGAACAUGUGGAGUACGGACUGGAGAGGAUCAAUCAAGAAGUAAGGAACUGGAUUAAUGGAUCGAAUGGAAAACGAGCUCCGGUACAUUGCAGAGGGAGAGAUGGAGUGGUUUGGGUAAGGAGAUUCUCCCGCGAACAGGCUGAGAACUGUGACUGUUCAGCUCUUGAACAUGUGCUUGCCACAGUUCCUGGGGUGAAGAGGAUGAUCAUGGGACACACAAUUCAGGAGUCUGGCAUUAAUGGUGCUUGCAAUAACAGAGCUAUAAGGAUUGAUGUGGGUAUGUCUAGCGGGUGCGGUAAUGGCUUGCCGGAGGUUUUGGAGAUUGACCGGAACUCGGGAUUGCAGGUGCUGACAUCGAAUACUAUAUAUCAGAACAAGUAUAAUUUGGGUGUUGAUGGUGAAAAAGGUCUGGGAUUGUUGGCACCAGAACACGCACCUAAACAAGUAGAAGUGAAAGCUUAAGGAGGAUCUGGGCAUAUAUCAAGUUAGAAUUAUUUCAUUUUGGUAGAUCUGACAAUAUCCCUUU